AUGCAGGAGACUAACACCUUCUUGCUGUCGGCCCUGCAGCCCGAGGCCGGCGUCUGCUCGCUGGCCUUGCCCUCGGACCGGCAGCUGGACGGCAGGAGCCGCGAGGCAGCGGAGGCCCAGCGCCUGCGCAGCGCCCGUGUCCAGGAGCAGGUCCGCAUCCGCAUGAUGCUGAGGGGGCAAGCAGCCACUCGCCCCGACGGCACCGACCACGUUGAUGGCAGCAGAGAGACCCCCCCACGAGCACCCCAAGGGCUGUCACAGGCUCAGUACAGCACAGCCCUGCGCUCUUCCUUCAGCUCCCGCUCCCAGAGCAAUGGCUUGGAGCCCAAAGCCUCGCUCUACCAGCCACUGGCCAAGAAGGACUUUGGGACACUGAAGGGCAGUGGCUGGUCCUCGCGCUCGGCGGUGGACCUCACUCCACACAAGCGGAUGGCCACCAUCAGCAACGGAGGCCUGGCCAAGGGCCGGGGCUAUAGCACUGGCUACACCAUGUCGCAGGCUGCCAACGCCUCACCGCGGCCCAACUCCUUCCAUGAGCGCACCUAUCGCUCGCGGCAGAACUUCGACACGCUGUCGCUGCGCUCGCUGCGCCUGGCCGAUGGCCCGCUCCAGCCUCCCGCCAUCACUGACGACCGCUACAGCGUCAUCUCUGAGCAGCUGGACCCCAUGGGGCACCGUUCCCUCUACAAGAGCCAAGGCAAUGGUGGCUUCGCCCGCUCCUACACCUUCGAGAGGCAGAUGAGCACCAGCUCCGCCGCCAAGGCCCCCUCUGACUGGCUGGAUGGCAGCGAGGUGACCCAGAGCCGCACCAUCCGCGCACCUGCCAUGCGCACGCUCCAGCGCUUCCAGAGCAACAACCGCUCACGGCUCAGCACCGGCUCCUUUGGCAGCAUCCAGGCGGCCUCGCAGGCAGGCAUGGGCAACUCCUACAUGGGGAUGGUGGAGCACAGCUCCCGUGCCCCCUCUGUGCGCAGCUUGGCUGAGUCCAGCCACCACCUCCAGGACCAGCGUGCCAUGGAGAUGUACAAUGGGCACAGCACACUGCUCAGCCACCAGUCAGGGGGGUUUGAUGACAUCGACUUGCCCUCUGCAGUGAAAUACCUGAUAGCCAGCGACCCCAACCUGCAGGUCCUGGGUGCUGCCUACCUCCAGCACAAGUGCUACAGCGACAGCAAUGCCAAGAAGCAGGCCCGAAGCCUCCAGGCCAUGCCCAAGCUGGUGAAGCUGUUCAACAGCCCCAACCAGGAGGUGCAGCGCCAUGCCACGGGCGCCAUGCGCAACCUCAUCUACGACAAUGCCGAGAACAAGCUGGCGCUGGUGGAGGAGAAUGGCAUCUACGAGCUCAUGCGGACGCUGCGGGAGCCUGACGACGAGCUCCGCAAGAACGUCACAGGGAUCCUGUGGAAUCUCUCCUCCAGUGACAACCUGAAGGAUCGCCUGGCACGGGACACACUGGAGCAGCUCACAGACCUGGUCCUGGUUCCUCUCUCUGGGCUGGGUGGUUCAGGUGUCAUCCAGCAGAACCCUUCAGAGGCAGAGAUCUUCUACAACUCGACAGGAUUCCUCAGGAAUCUCAGCUCUGCCAGCCAGCAGACACGGCAGAAGAUGCGUGAGUGCCAUGGGCUGGUGGACUCUAUGAUCCACUAUGUGAACAGCUCUCUGGAAGUGGGCAAGUCAGAGGACAAGAGUGUGGAGAAUGCUGUCUGCGUCCUGCGCAACCUCUCCUACCGCCUGUACGAUGAGAUGCCCCCAUCCUCCCUCCAGCGCCUGGAAGGUCACCGGAGGAACCAGAGUGGCACGGUGACAGGGGAGCUGGUGGGCUGCUUCAGCCCCCAAAGCAAGAAAGCACGAGAGCACUACCUGAAUGCAGACAUUGUCACCUUCACGGAGGUCUCAAAGGACCCCAAGGGCAUGGAGUGGCUCUGGAACCCCCAGAUCGUGGGCAUUUACAACCGGCUGCUGCAGCGCUGCGAGCUCAACAAGCACACGACGGAGGCAGCCUCGGGUGCCCUGCAGAACAUCACUGCUGGGGACCGCAGGUGGGCGGGCGUGCUGAGCCGUCUGGCCCUGGAGCAGGAGCGCAUCCUGAACCCUGUGCUGGACCGCGUCCGCACCGCCGACCACCACCAGCUGCGCUCCCUCACCGGCCUCAUCCGCAACCUGUCCCGCCACGCCCGCAACAAGGACGAGAUGUCAACCAAGGUGGUCAGCCACUUGAUCGAGAAGCUGCCAGGGAGCGUUGGGGACAAGGCACCGCCUGCUGAUGUCAUUGUGAACAUCAUCGCGGUCCUCAAUAACCUGGUGGUGGAGAGCCCCAUGGCUGCUCGUGACAUCGUCUACUUUGAUGGCCUCAGGAAGCUCUUCUACAUCAAGAAGAGAAGAGACAGUCCGGACCAUGAGAAGUCCUCUAGAGCAGCAGCCAGCCUCCUGGGCAACAUGUGGCAAUACACCAAGCUCCACCGGGACUUCAAGAUGAAGGGGUACCGGAAGGAGGACUUCCUUGGCCUGUGAGGACACCCCCAGGAGCCAGACUCUCCUCACCGGGAUGUGCCCCGGGGAGGCUGCUCACUGCCUGACCUCUGCUCUCUAGCUCUGUAGUCCCCACCGUGCCCCUCAUGCCUCCCCCUCUGCUGGGCACUCCCCUUCCCUGGGCAGGGGACACUCAUCCAUAAAGCCAGCAACUGCUCCUGGCUCCACUGGGACCCUGCUGGGGAGCUGGAGCUGUGGGGUGUUUGGGAUGCUCCUGCAACGUGACGCUGGUGGGGAGGGGGCUUCUGAGGGCACCCAGCUCAGCUCCCCCAGUUGCGGCAUGCUGGGGGCUGGUGCCACCGUGUUGGUGUGGGGUGCACCGUGGGUUACAUGCGCUCUGCCCUGGCUGGGCAUGGGGCUUUGCAUAUCUCAGGAGGGUUCUGGGAGGUCUGAGGUAGCUCACCAAAAUUUUACAGGGCUGUAAGGAGGUGGGAAGCAGAGACAGGGUGCUGAGUGCCCCCUUUGCCCAGGGGUGGGGUGAGGAGUGUGAUUGAAGAGGCCCAUGCCCUCACUCUAGCCAGGGGACCUCCAAGCCAUACUGUCCCCAUCCUUAAACCCUGCAGGGAUGUCCCAGUGCAGGCAGGGCCACCAGUGCCACUCCCAGCCUACUGCUCUGCUCAGCACUAGGCCAGCUGGUGCCAGGUAAGCAGGAUUUGGGCAGGGCCAGGUGGCUACUGUUGGCUGGGCAGCGUCUCCCUGCAGGGUGGGGAGAUGCCCUUGUGCCCUCACUGCUAGACAUGGCUGUGCAGGCAAGGCAGCAGGUCUGAAGCUCUCCCUGCUGAGAUGGUGGCUGAGCUGGGGCAUGUGGGUGGGCUGUGAGGGGCUUUGGUCUGCUGGUGGUUUGAGGGGAGAUGCUGUGCUUGAGGGGCAUCACGUACCUCACCUGGGAAACAGGGUAGAGU